CCUGAGCACAAGCCCCAGCCACGGGGCUGGGCUUCCUGCCCACAUGUCCACCCACACAGGCUUCAAGCUCAGGUUAUAAAAGUCAUGUCUUUCUGGGAAGCUGGAGACAGAGGCCAGAGAGCGAUCGGGACAGCCCUAUUCUUGGAGAGGUCCUGGCGGGGAGGAUGCUGCUGUUCUGGGGGUCACUGCUAUGCUGGGGGCUGCUGCCCCAGGCUCAAGGGCAGGCCCGGCACCUGCUCUUCCUGCGGGUCAGCAAGGAUCAGCUGGAGACAGAUAUUUCAGACCUGUUCUCGGAACAGCGCAUCCUGGACCGCGUGACCAGGAUUCCUGUGACGGAGGCUGCAGAUGAAGGCGUCCCCAUCCUGGACCACCUGCCCUUCGUGAGAGAAGGCCUCUCCAGGAAGAGCAGCAGGCUUGACCUGUCGCUGGUCGGGGACCUGCUCUCCGGAAAGAGCCUCCCACUGCUGGAGGAGCUGUUCCAGGCGGGCGGGUUGAUCAUAGAAGAUGCCAAAGGACCUGAGGUCACCCUGCAAAUCCUAAGCGACAGCCUGUUCCAGGUCACACUGCAGACUAAACUGUACCUGUCCCUCCAGAGGAUCCUGCGGUUCAGCGUCAUCAAGAACAUCCGCAUCGGGGUACGGCUGGAACAGACAGGGAACAAGACCCGCGUGGCCUUCGACGACUGCCACACCCCACCAGGGAACCUGAGCAUCGAGGUCCUGGAGAAGAUGAACCCCUUCCUGGUGAACGAAGCUCUAAAGGUGAUGACUGGCGUCCUGGACAAGACGCUGCCUUUCUUCCUGCAGAAGAUGGUGUGCCCCCUGGCCACGACCCUGCUCAACUCGCUGCUGGAGGACGUGUUGCGCAUCACUCUGGCCCCGACCAUCUCGGGCCCAGAAGACUUCCAGUACCAUGUCACCACCACAGAGCUCACGGAGGAGGCCAUCCUGAUGCAGGUCCAGCUCGUGACCAGCUGCGGCCCAGGCCAGAGAGCUCCAAGGCCUGACCACCUGGCCCCCCAGCCCCUCCCAAAAUUAGCCCAGGGCAGCAUGGCGGACCUGGCCUUUUGGCUGGAAGAGUACAAUGACAUCCUGUCCUGCCUCUACACCAGCAAGGAGCUC